AUGUUAGUUGAAUGUUAUAAUUAUAGUAUAUUUGAUUCACGAAAACGUUCAUUUAUAAUUUCAACAUUAAUUUUUAUUAUUUGUCCUUUAACAACAAUACCUGGCAUUUUUACUCUCAAAAAACCUCCAACAGAUCAAUUUUACUCUCAGAUCAAUGGGUUGCUGGCACUUGUGAGUUGUGUUAACUAUACACCAACUGGCUAUACCAUCUAUAAAGUUAUUUUCAGUAUACACUUAUAUGGUACACUUCUCUCCUAUAUACUACUUUGUCUUGGUGUUUUUGUUCAUUUACUAAGACAUCGUCAACGUAUCGCUCCAAAUUAUACAACUCUACAAAAUAUUCGUCUCAUUUUACGUAAUCAUCGUGAUUUUUUUAUACCACUUAGCAAAGGUGAAUACGAUAAGGCAUUAGAGUGUUUUGAAAAAGCAGUGAAUAUUCAAGUAAAUUCGUUGGCACGAUAUCAUCCAAUGUUAGCCUCUACAUAUAGUAAUAUUGGAUCAAUUUACAAAGAGGAAGGUGAAUAUGAUAAAGCAUUAGAAUAUUUUGAGAAAGAACUGGAAGUUGAACUUAUGUCUUUAUCAUCAAAUCAUCCGUCAUUAGUGACUACAUAA